UGCUCGGCCCCUGCGUCAUCGGUCGUGUGUCUCUGCUUAACGUGGCAUCAAGUCGUCGGCUGUUCUUUGAUACAGUGAAGUAAUUACAGCACAUUCACCAAAAGCUACAUAUACGAAUCCGACUCAGCCAUGGGGAUAGAGGAGUGAUUGGUUACUUUUUUACAUUUUAACAAGUACCCAAUUCAUUACUCAUCGUUCAACUCCCAUGCCCAAGAUGCGACUUGGCUGGUAUGCUGGGGUAAGUAUUACUGUGGUGGGAGAGCUUGGAGAAGCUAUAGCUGAUCACUCUGGACCAAUGCUGACAUUUUGCUUCACAGGCCUCGACGGCUCUCGCGGGCGGCGUUGUCCUCUCGGCCUUCUAUCAGAGGGCCAACUUUUACUCGGCAAUGGUAUAUCUCGCUCAGAGCAACUUUUGUUUGUUGGUACGUUAUUCCGCGCGAUCCUGGCACCGGAGCUGUUGCAGGAUACUGAACUCAUCAUGUCCAGGUCUUGGUCAACUUUUCCUUCCUUGUCUACAGCAGCUUCGUUUACGGUCUUACACGGAUGUUCUUUGGCCCUCUUCGCGCCGUCGAAGUCGAGCAACUAACCGAACGUGCCUGGUUUGCGAUCACGGAGACAUGUCUAGCAAUGACCAUAUUCCGCGAAGAGAUAGGAGCCUGGUUUCUGGUUAUGUUUGCAGCUCUGGUGACAGGUAAGGUGUGGGGAUGGAUUGGUGAUGGGAGAGUUGAGGUCCUCGAGCAACAACCGCCUGCGAACCCUCGCUUGUUCCAUUUGCGACUCAGUGUGUCGCUCACCCUAAGCUUCAUCUACGAUAUCUACAUUCUCCGAUACACGAUCAAUACUGUCAUCCAACAAGCACGACCCAACAUGAUGGUCAUGUUUCUUUUCGAGUUCGCAGUCUUGGCCACCAGUUCAUGGCGGACGGCAGCCCGGUAUGCGCUGUCGUUGACGGAGCAAAAUAUCCAGGAAGCGCAGAAACGUAAGCGUCUGGCCGAAAGGAGACAAGAGGUCAGACAAGAGCGUGAGGCUAUCAUCCGACGACGUGAAAUAGCGGCUGCCGCUGGCGAAGAAGUUUCGGACGAGCCACUGCCCAACGAGGACGAUAUCGAUGAAAUGGAUAUUGAAGUACCAGGUUGGUCUGCAAAGGGAGAGUUUGUCCUCUGGCUGGACCUUAUCACAGACUUGGUUAAACUUGGUAUCUACAUCGUGUUCUUCUUCAUGCUUCUGGCUUUCUAUGGACUGCCCAUUCAUAUUAUGAGGGAUCUCUUUAUGACAGCCCGGGAUUUCAUUAAGCGCUUGGGUGCCUUAUUGCGAUAUCGAAAAGCCAUUCAAGAGAUGAAUCGUUAUCCCGAUGCAACUCAGGAAGAGCUUGAACGCGAGGACACCUGCAUUAUCUGCCGCGAGGAGAUGCGACCAUGGGAUCCAGAGAACAACCCAGGCGCAAUGGAUAGAAUUCGACCCAAGAAGUUACCUUGCGGACACAUUUUGCAUCUCGGCUGCCUCAAGAGCUGGCUCGAGAGACAGCAGGUUUGUCCUACUUGUCGAAGCCCUGUUACUCUUGGCGAGACAACUCCUCGUGCAGAUCAGAACCGGGCUGCUGGUCUUCGAAUUGAGCUUGGAGGCAGGCGUCCUGCGAACCAACCAGCAGCAAACCCCGGAGAUGCUCCCGCUCAGGGGCAACAGAACGGAGGAGCACAACCUGAACAGCGGCCAGCUGGUCCUCGUAUCUUCAACAUUGGCCCUCUUCGAGUGGGAUUUGGUGCCAACGGACAACAAGUCAGAGAACUUGCGCAGCAAUUUGGCGUGCCACCAGCUGCUCCCAACCCUCAAGGGCUGGUUCCCCCCACACCGGGCGCUGGUACCCCUAUUGUUGCUGGUCAGGCUGCUCCUGCGACUCCUCUUCCUACUGGAGAUAACUUGCAGAAUGUUGGAAACUUGAUCAGUCAAGCAGACCAGCUGAUCCAGCGUGAGAUGCAGUCGUUGCAGCUUGCGCAUCAAGAAUUACAAACCAUCCAUCUUCUCCAGGCAGAGUUAUACCGUCUCAGACAGAGACAGCAACACCCAGAACAACAACCAAAUAUACAGACACAGGCUAUACCUCCUACUGCGGUACCUCUCCCCCAACCUCUUAUUCCCCAGCAAUUCCCUAUGACACCCCAGAUGUCUAUGCCUCCAGGCUUCCCCCAAUUCCCAGGCAUACCUCCGCGACAUCCUAGCCCCCUUAUGGCUCGCCAUGGUGCUCCCCUCAACGCCGUACCUAUCCCCGCUGGCAGUGCUGAGCUCCCAGAAGGCGUUGUCAUCCCUCCUGGCUGGUCUCUGCUUCCUCUACAGCGUCUUGAUGGUGGCCAAGCCUCGACGCAACCUUCGCCGCAGGUUGGCCCCCAGGCAACUGUUGCAGAUAAUAUUAAUGUAACUCAGCCAACGUCGACUGUGAGACAGCCCUCGCCAAUUGGUAGCCGUAACCAGGAAGCUCAACCGGUUGAGAACCCCUCUUCUAUGACUCCAACUGAACAGCGCCCCCCUCAACUUACACCACAUUUCACACGGGCGGUUGAACCACCCCAGGUUGUUGCGCCUAGCCCUCGCAUGCCCAAUUGGGGCGGUUCAGCUCAACUGUUUGGCAACGGAUCUCGCCUGGAUCAUGCCGACCCUGUAACGCAGAAUGAGCCUCAGGCUGAAGGAAGCUCAAGCCAAAUUGCCCCUGUUGAGGCGACGUCUCAGCCGAGCCCAACAGCUGAACAUACACCACAAGGCACUCCGCCAUCCCAUAGUGAUGAAGACGAGGGGUCUGGAAUUGACUCAAAGGAGAAGGGCAAGGCGAGAGCCGCAACUGUCGAGGAGGUUGAGGAUGAGGAAAAUGUUAAGGACUAGUUAUGCCUUGGGUACCAAUAGGCAUUCUAUGCAUGUAUCAUUUUGCACCCAUCUCUGUUGGUCUAGUAAAGACCAAGACUGCAUUUGUAUUUCCCGAUUGCUAGCGGCAUGGAGUUCACAGGAGUUAUGUACUAUUUGUUCGUCUCAAUGGCAUGCAUGACAGAGGAGCUUCACCCCGAAAUAUAAAUUUGUUGAAGCCAGUAUUGUACAUCUGAAACUUGGUAUGCAAGCUACCCAAAGCAAUCCGUAACUAUACAAGUAUGAGUAAACCGGAAAACACCGUUCCAUGAUGAAUGAAACCAGUCAAGGCACGCUGAUGAAUUGGUGCAGAGCAUUGGUGAAUCGAAAGCGCGCAAAACAUAAACGUAGCAACAAAACACGAACGCAACGAGAAAUGCAAGAAGGUAAGAGACCAAAGAGCAUAUGGGUGAAUCCAAAGAUGAUUCAGAGGUAAUUUCCUACUCUUUAACGACACGGUAAAGGCGCUGCCAUAGUGUCCAUAUUUCAACAAAAAUACAUCCUCCUCCUUUCUCUUCCUCUGCCAUUGACGGGGAAACCUCGAAACUUGUUGACCAGAUGGCACAAGGGAACCAAAAUAGCAAUGACAAACAAAGAAAAGCUGACCCGCGUCCAUGCCGCACAUACUCAAGUGCACCUCGUCGUACCUAUAUCUAUUACCAUGUCCGUUCAUAGCCAUGAAACGGCAACGCAUUAAUCAUUCCUUCUUAACUCUUCCCCAUCCUCAUUUGUCGUAGUGGGAGACGAUAAAACAUUCGAUGUCUCUCCCCUGUUCAAUGGACGUAGCUGGUGCCCAGAUGACCUGUUAUGCGUUAAGGGCAUCUAGCUCCCCCUCCUUAGGUGGCAGCGGCGUCUCAUACUGCGGUAUAUCUUCAUCCUUCUCCCAGGCAGCGCCAGGCCCGGUAUAGCUCGGUUCGGGAAUCGUAGUCGAUUGCGAAGUUGAUUCAGGUUCGAGACGGCCACUGCUCAUGUCACGCAAGAUGCCUGCCGACCUUUCGCCUUUUACCGGCUGUGGGCUGAGCACGCCUGCAGCGGACUGCGCGACAUAAGUAGGUGACUUGGCAUCACCCGAACCAAAGGGUAAUGCACGUGUUGGAAUCUCUCGACUCACUCCUUCUCUACCCUCGUCUUCUUCGCCACCGAGCUUCUUUAACAACGCAUCCGAUUGCUGCUUAGCAAGCUUCUGGAGCUGUGCUAGCGGAUCCUGGUGAUGUAGCACCAAGUCAGUCACCUCGCACAGGCAGUCUGUCGGUCUCCAACGUCUCCCAUGCACACAUACCCAGUCAGACUGCGUCGGCACGCCUUCAGCCUCAGGAAGCUUCUUUGCUGCCUCGUCCUCGUGUUCCCCGUCGUCUCCUGCCCAGAACGAGUGCCGCUGAAUUGGGGCUGGUGUGACAGGCAGGCUGGGACGUUCUGUAGCGCUAGGGAAAUCGGUGAGUUUCAGGCCGCGGUUCUUAAAGUUGCUCCGAUCGUCUCUCCAUGCACCAGUUGAUGGGCUCUUCACGCGCCCUAUCGUAGAGGUCGAACUCUUACCACGUCGAUGACCACCAUGCAGGCGAUCAACGUACCGCUCGAUCUCAGGCACCUCAUCCCAGGCGUUUGUGCGUGUGUAUGACGUCCAAGGGUCUGAUGGGGUAAUCUGUACUAUCGGAGUAGAUGCAUUCGAUUCGUUCUUCGCCCCAGAUCCCGAUGUUGUCACCUCAGAAGGCUCUGUAAGACCUUCAGUUUUCACUGAAAGCUGAGUUGUAGAUCCUGUGCUAGGGUCUGAGCCGGACUCUCCAGGGGUAGGCUCCGGUUCAGGGGCUGGCGGUUCUGGUUCCCCAAUGAAUGAUCUGGUUGGACGAGGUCGGUUGCGUUCCCACGGGAAGAUCUCCGGAGCUGGCUUUGAUCGUGGAGCUGGCUUCUCCUUUGGCACCUCAUACCACAUAUUCUUUGGGGGACUUGGGUAUCGUUCAGGCGGGAUAAACGGGGCUGUAUCGCGUGACAUUUCGUAAUGAGUGGAAGGAAAGUUCAUAGCCUCCGGUUUCGAAUCAGCAGGAGGGGGAUGUCUGGCAAAGUCAGUGUCUCAUGUCCAAUUAAGUACAGCAUUUCCAACGAUGAUAGGCCUACCUCUG